AUGAGGAUUCUCAGUUGGAAUUGCAGGGGUUUGGGCAAAUCCUUUGAAAUUCGACAAUGUCAGAAAAUUGCCCACGAGUCUCGGCCUGAUAUUUUGUUUUUAAUGGAGACUCAACUUGUGAAGGACAGAGGCAAGUUGAUAUGGGAAAAAUGUGGCUUUUCUGAGGGUUGGGAAUUUCCUAGGACUGGCUUAAGUGGUGGGUUGCUGCUUACUUGGAUGCCAAAACAAUGCCUCAUCAUCAAAUACGAGUCAAAGCACCUUGUUCACACUGAUCUUGUUGACAACAGAGGUAACCCUCUCUCUAUUACUUUUGUUUAUGGCAACCCUAUUCAAUCUCAUCGAAUUGAAGUAUGGAACAAACUUAGAAGUUUUAAAUCUAUCUCCCACCCAAAUUGGUUAUGCAUUGGUGACUUCAAUCAGAUUCUUACUCUGGAGGAUAAAUUUUCUUUCCACUUGAACUCAAUCUCAGGGGCUGAAUCCUUCCAACAAGUGAUUGAUGACUUAGCCUUGUGUGAGUUGGUAUCUUCCGGUCAGAAGUAUACCUGGAUGAAUAGGAGAGAGGAGGAGGAUUUUGUAAUGGAAAAACUUGAUAGAGCCUUUGCUAGUAUAGAGUGGGUGAAUUUUUAUCCCAAAUAUGUUCUUAGGAACCUCCCAAUUGUUAGGUCUGAUCAUGGCCCCAUUUUGUUGGACUGUGAGUCCUUUCCUCCCUUUCGGCGUAGACCUAUUAGAUUUGAAAAAAUGUGGCUUUCACAUCCUUCCUGCAAGAGUGUUGUGCAAAAAGCCUCGCAUAAUCGAGUUAAGGGUUCAAGAGCUUUUCAAUUACGGCACAAGCUCAUCAAUGUUAGGGAUGAAUUCCAAGAUGUUAAGAGGGAGGCUGAGUUGAGGGAAGAGUUGGAAGUUUUGAUGCAAAGGGAGGAGAUUAUGUGGGCUCAGAAAGCUAGGAGUGAUUGGGUUCUUUUUGGGGACAUAAAUACUAGGUUUUUCCAGACUGUUGUAAGGCAAAGGCGAGUUCGGAAUAGAAUCAUGCAGCUAAAAAGGGGAGAUGGUAGCUUUACUGAUGACCUAGGGGAAAUUGAGGACAUUCUUGCUCAGCACUUUAGGAAUGCCUUUGAGGACAAUGUUCCUUUAUCUUAUGACCAGAUCCUUGCUGAAGUAGGAACUCUACCCUUACCUCAAUUGUCUGCUCAUCAACUCUCUUCUCUUGAUCGGCCGGUCACUACUAAGGAAAUUGAGGAUACUGUUUUCCAGCUGGGAUCUCAUAAAGCCCCUGGUCCAGAUGGUAUUCCUGCUUUUUUCUAUCAUGAGUACUGGAGUAUUGUCAAGUUUGAUGUUUUUAACACUGUCCUUGCUUUCUUCCAUUCAGGUUCUCUGCUUAAGUCUCUCAAUUCUACUUAUAUCACUCUCAUUCCCAAAGUUGCUUGUCCUGAUAUUGUGAAUCACUUUAGACCUAUUAGUUUGUGUAAUGUGAUUUACAAGAUUAUCUCUAAGCUUCCGGUUAAUCGUCUUAAGCCUUUUAUGGACUCUCUUAUUACCCCCUUUCAGAAUGCUUUUAUUAAGGGAAGGAAUAUUUUUGAUAACAUUCUCCUUGCUCAUGCAAUCUUUGAUUUUCUUACAAAAAGAAAGAGGAGGAAAAAGUCUUAUGGAGCUUUGAAGAUUGAUAUGACAAAGGCUUAUGAUAGAUGGUACUGCUCUAUUUCUGGUCAGAGCAUAAAUGUUGCCAAGUCUGAUUUGUUUUGCUCUUCAAAUAUGCCAAGAGUUGAGCAAGAGAACCUAGCUUCGACCUUAAAGGUCAACCUGGUGUUGGAACCUAGCAAGUAUUUAGGUUUAAAUUUCAAACUUAAGGGCAAGAGAGUUGUUGACUUUCAUUACUCGGUGGAUAAACUCAACUCUAAACUUCAAGGAUGGAAAGCUAAACUCCUUUCACAACCUGGUAGAACCACCUUGAUCCAUUCAACUCUCCAAUCCUUGCCCUUAUAUACCUUUUCUUGCUUUAGGGUGCCUGAGAGUAUUUGUAACAAACUUGAUGCCAUAACAAGAUCCUUCUGGUGGGGGCAUGAUCAAGGGGUUAGGAAAUUGCAUCUGCUUAACUGGAAUAGAGUGUGUCAACCUAGAAAUAGGGGAGGGCUUGGCCUUAAAAAGUUUAGUUUGAUAAACCAGGCCAUGCUUGCUAAGCAAUUCUGGAGAAUUCACCAUAAUCCUCAAUCUCUUUUAGCAAGAACUUUUAAAGCCAAAUACUUCCCUAGAAGCUCUAUACAUGAAUGUCAACCCAAGCCGCAUCAAUCUUGGUUUUGGAGAAAUAUUGUGAAACAGGAUAACAGGAAAAUGAAAGAGGGGAAGUGGUGGGUGGGUAAUGGUACUAAUAUUCCAUUAAACCAUCCUGCUUGGUUCCAAACUCCUAAUUUGCAUAACCCAAACCUUAUCACAGGUACUGUGGCUGACUUAAUUGACCAAGCCACUCACUCUUGGAAACCUGAUCUUGUUAGAUCCCUGUACCCCCCCUCUAUAAGUUCUGAAAUUCUAAGCAUCCCAAUCUCUAAGACCGAUUCUGUGACAGAUUCUCUUAUGUGGAAGUUUUCAAAUUCAGGGGAUUUUAAAGUUAAAAAGGCUUAUGAGAUUCUUUUGGAAGAUGCUAAUAUGUCAGCCAAUGCAAGCCUUAGACCCCUUGUUAUCCCUGAUGCUGUGUGGAACACUUUAUGGAAGGUUAGACUUCCCUUGAAAAUUUGCAACUUGGUCUGGAAGAUAAUCCAUGAUAGAUUGCCAACAUUUCAGACUUUAAAGGGGAGGGGAAUUCCAAUUGCUGCCCUCUGCCCCUUUUGUGACUGUGAUGAGGAGUCUACUAGCCAUCUUUUCCUUCAUUGCCAUUUUGCUAGAGCUUGUUGGUAUGGUUCAGCUCUAGUCCUGCAUACUUCCUCCCUUGGUCCUAUAACUGUUCAGCAGUGGAUCAUUAAUUCCAUUAGUAGACAUCAGAGAUUGGAUGAGAGUGACUUGGAAUCUUUGCAGCGGACUUUCAUUACUCUUUGGGCUAUCUGGAAUCAUAGAAACCGGAUGAUUCAUGAGGGAGUUACUCCUGAUCCAAUGAAUGUCAUUUUAACCACUCAAAAUCUGUUUUGCAGGUACCAUGAGAUCUAUCAAAAGCAUUACUGUACUGAGCAUAGGAUAUCUAGGCAGAAAAUUAUGGAGCAAGGGUUUCAAGGGCAAUGGAGCAUCAUCCUCAAGGUUUCUGGCGUCAAGCAUAGAAGAAAGAAAAGAGCUGCAUUUGCUUAUGAGGCUAGGAACGGGCAGGGUACAGUGGUGUUCUACGGAUGCAGCAGUAGUGCCGCUAACUCAGUCCCAGUUGCUUUGCUUGAAGGUCUUAGAGAAGCAGCUGUAACAGCUUUUAGGCUUCAAUACAACCAGAUUUUGGUUUUGAGCAAUUGUAAUUUUUUGGUUCAGUUGUUUAACACAGGCCAAGUUCCGGAUUGGGAAGGAAAAACCUUGUUUGCUGAUCUGCAGUCCUUAAAGCAAAGGGGUAUUUGUCUUUCCUUCCGUUGGAUCCCUGCUUUUGUGCUUGUUAAUGUAUAUAAUAUGGCUGUUAUGGCCUCCAGUGCUCCCAUGCGCUUUCAAUGGCCGCAGCACCUAACGUUGUAG